AGAAGAUUAAGUUUUCACCGGAACCACAUUGAGCGUGCAGUGGGAGGUGAGUUGGUGAGCUGCAGAUGCUUCACAGAGAAAUGCAGAGUGCAGCAGGCAGCGCUAACGAGGCUCAUCCUCUGUUUGGAGGAGCCCUGUCAGCUGUGAUCCCUCACAGCGCCACAGACAUCAGCGAGCUGAGGGAAAUCCCGGACAACCAGGAGGUGUUUGCCCACGCCCACACAGACCAGAGCCUGAUCGUCGAGUUGGUGGAGUACCAGGGUCAGGUGGCUGACCAGGAUGCAGCCAGGUACCACUUUGAGGACAUCGCGGGUAGCAACAAAGCUUUGGAGCCGGGGGCUUUUGAAGUGACCAGUGUUGUGGCUCUGCCCAAAUCUGAGCUGUCCCUGUCAGAGUGCAGCACUGCGUGGAUGCUGUCUGGGACUCAGUGCGUCUCUAAGUUCAAUGAAGAAGCAAGGAAUUCAGUGACCAUCCACUUGGGCCUGUUCCGUCUGCCGCAGUUCUCCACAGAUGUCCUCAUAACAUUUAAUGACCCGCAGAGUAUCAGCCCUGAGAGCAGCAGUGCCUGUGCAGUGGGGACACACCAACAGCCCUGGAUGGUGAAGGACUUUCAGCACCUCGUACAGACUCUGACUCUGCAUAACCCUGGGCUCUUCGGGUAGAGCAAGUCCACUUUUAUGAUGUGGUGUCUCUCGGUCUCUCUCCCUGGGGGACAUUAACAACAUUUUUAAAAGGCAGGCUGGUUAUAGACUAUAUUUUUGAAAUUCUGAGCUUAUUCUGUUUGCAUCAAAUGUCACACAACACAUCUCCACCGGUGGAAUAGACCCUUUAUUUAAAGCCACCUUCCCCCUAUACCAUAAUGCAGUUGCUAUCUUUUUAAAAAAAGUGCUAUUAUGGAGGGAAAUGCUUUGUUGAAUAACCUCAUAGUUAAACUUUUUUAAAUCUCUCAAUCAGUUCAGUAGUUAAUUACAUAUUUUAAGAAUAUUUUAUGCAUGGCGUCAAUGCUAUGGUCUGUUUUAGGGCUGAGAUAUAGUCAGAUGUAUGUUUUGAUGCAAAUAAAGUUUUCAGAGAGCAGCAGUCAUGCUUCUUCCCUGAAACACAGGAGUCCCUGUUAUGCUUUGUUCUAUUUAAAAACUGAACUAUUGUUUAGUUUUAUUUAAAGUUCAAAUGAUUGGUAUGUACCAUGCCACUAUAUUCUGUAGUAAAUCUCACAUAUUGGAUUAAUAUGAGCAAGUUAUCGUUCAUUUGAAGACAUUUCCUUUCCACGUAAAGGUACAGUUGGGUCUUGAAAUGUUUACAAGGUGAUAAAAUUUCAAAAUCAACUUUAAUUUAAGGGCUGAAACAAAAACAAUUAAAUGUUGAAAA